AUGGAAAGUUGGCCUGCGUGUUGCUCGUACCAUAGGAAUUUAAACGGGGAUAUAGGUAUAAGAACACGGAGACGGGGAGUCGUUCGCGGUAGUGUGAGGCAUAAACGCGCCGGCACCACACCCAGAGUGACCACCAUUGCGACACGGGAAAGGGACACGGCCAUGCGCGUCGCGGUGAUCUUGUUAGCGUGCGUCACUGUCUUGGUUUCGGCCCAGUUUCAGCCAAACGUAGACGGAGGCCUUCCACCGAAAGGGUUACCGAUUGCCCUGCGAUCGGCACGAUUCCAGAAGCUACCACCCCCUAGACCAGUGGGCCAAACACAGGCUUUGCUUCCUAAUCAACGAAUACGUCGUCCAAUUACAUCGUUCAGACCAAAGGGCCCCGAGGAUGGAUUUCCAACAGGCCCAGGAUCCUUUACAUCGGGCAGACAGCUACGACCAAAUCUGCCCACGGGACCAGGGCCACAAGGGCAUCACCAGGUUAAACCUGUAAACGAGGAACCAGAAGACCGCGAUCCACCGCGAGACGACAGUCAAGACGACGACGUGGAGCUGAGCGAUGAACAGUUGGACAGCGAAGAAGAGAGCGAGGAAAACAUACCACGUCCGAAUCCUGGUAAUCCUGGCUCGAUAUCCAGAAACUCGAACCUAGGUGGCCCGAGUCAGCCUGGCCAGUACCGUCCUCAGCAGCAAAUACCACUGCCAACUGGUAGAGGAGGAGGUAGCAUACCAACGACACCCUCUCCACCACCAGUUCAAUAUCGUCAGCCACCAAAACCUAGCAAACCGAGGAAGCCAGUGGAGGAGCCCUUCAGACAACCAGCGAAGGCACCACCUAAACCUGGGAAAACUCCUUAUGACAGUCGUGGAAAGAAACCUGUUGCGCAGAUCAUCAGGCGAUAUCGUAACGAUAAUCCAGACGGCUCGAUCACCUGGGGCUUUGAGAACGAUGAUGGAUCGUACAAAGAAGAAAUGAUUGGCAUCGAUUGUUUAACAAGGGGCAAGUAUGGUUACAUAGAUCCAGACGGUCUUCGUCGUGAAUACACGUACGAAACGGGGAUCAGAUGCGACGAAGAACAACGAGAAUUAGACGAACAGAAUGGGUUCGUCGAUUACCAAGAGAACAAAUUGGUUCUUCCCGAUGGCAAGACUAUAGAUUUGUCAAGCAUGGGUAAAAAGCAAUCUCGCAGGCCUCGUCUUAGUAAUCAAUAAAAGUUAAGUUUUCUCGUUAAUUAACACGCUUAGAUGAUAGACUUGACAAAGAUUUACCGAACAAAGAAAAUAUUAAAUAUCAAUAAUACAUACCUUUUUCAAAAUCUCAUGAUCUCUGUCUAUCUUUUAAUUUAGACUACGAUUCCAAUAAUACGCCAGAAAAAAUUGAAACUUUUAUAUAAAAAAAUCAUGUAACACAAAAUCGUCGCAUAUGUCAGUAGUCAGAAGAGCUUGUAGGUUUACGAUACUUUGCUUGCGAGGAAGCUUGAAGGGAAAAACGUUACAUGAAGGAAAUAACGUUCAAUGAUUUGUUUCGUUAAGUAGUGGUAUAGUAAUGCGAGUUUUAUUGUCUCGAUUGUCGUUAUGUUUGUAUUCGUGAUGUUCUAAAUUUGUAACUAUUAUAGAUUAUUUAGAAUAUAUAUAUCGUGUACAUAUGAUUGUAGGUACCUGUACGGAGUUGAUCGAAUAAAAAUGACAAAACAUGCGUA